GCUGUGGCCACCAAUGGGUGCGCAGGGGACAGUCCCUGCCAGGGCUGGGUAAGGCCCGGAAAUCCCAGUUGGCCCAGUGGGAGUGGGGCUGUGGUGCUGGGCGAGAUGCGGGGCAAGGACGAUGAGUACGACUACCUCUUCAAAGUUGUGCUCAUCGGGGACUCCGGGGUGGGGAAGAGCAACCUGCUCUCGCGCUUCACCCGCAAUGAGUUCAACCUGGAGAGCAAGAGCACCAUUGGGGUGGAGUUUGCUACGAGGAGCAUCCAGGUGGACAACAAGACCGUGAAGGCUCAGAUCUGGGACACGGCCGGGCAGGAGCGGUACCGGGCCAUCACCUCGGCGUACUACCGGGGGGCAGUAGGAGCUCUGCUCGUCUACGACAUCGCCAAGUACCUGACAUAUGAGAACGCCGAGCGCUGGCUGAAGGAGCUGCAGGAUCACGCUGAUGCCAACAUUGUCAUCAUGCUGGUGGGCAACAAGAGUGACCUGCGGCACCUGCGGGCCGUGCCCACCGACGAGGCCAGGAGCUUCGCAGAGAAGAAUGGGCUGUCCUUCCUUGAGACGUCUGCUCUGGACUCUACCAACGUGGAGACAGCUUUCCACAACAUCCUCUCGGAGAUCUACCGCAUCGUGUCACAGAGGCAGAUCACUGGGCAGCCAGAGUCAGAGUUUGGCCCCACCACGACCAUCGAGCCCAUCCGGGUGCUGCCCACGCAGCAGGAGGGCAGGCAGGCGCCCUGCUGCCAGAACAUCUGAGCCUCCUGGGGUGCCCCCACCCUGACAUGCGCCCCCCCCCCCACCAUCCAGCACACGGUGGCAUCAUGUUUCUUGCCCUCUACCUCUGCUUGCUGCAGCCCCCCAGAACAAGGCGGGCUGUUGGCUGCUUCUGCGUGGCUGCUCUUGUGUGCACCAUCACGCUGCCUGUGUGCUGCUCUCCCUGUGUUUUUCUGCAGGACCUACACAAAUGGGGGGGGGGAAGCAUGAGGAUCUCUCCCCAUGGUUUGAGACAUGCCAUCCCCUUGUGUCCCUGCUUCCUCUAGCCCUGAAGGCACAGCCACCGGGUGACUCAGGGUGGCACUGAACAAGCCCAAACAUCAUGAGUCCCUUGUUCUGCGCUACAUUUCUGUGGCACCCCUGGGUGCAGCCCUUCGGGGAGGGUGUGGAGGAGGACACUGGGUGCACCCUUCUCUUGCCUGGUGAAGUGAGCAGGAACGCAGCCAGUUGUACCCAGCCCUGCCCCUUCAACACCAAGGGCUGGGUGUGCCUCUGGGUGCUGCUGGGGCAGCUGUGGGACACCCCAGUGUGAGCUGGGGGGGUGACCCUCUACUCGUGUGUGGAAGGACCCUGUUUUUCAUGCUGUGAGCCCCUUGAGGCGUGCCUGCUGCACAGCCCUAGCAAAGGGAAGAGCUGCACUCUUCCCCUCCUGCCCCAGCCCAGGGGCACUGGAGCAGGGACCUGGGGGGGCAUGU